UGGUGUGCAAACGUCAGCGGUUGUUGUCACACCUGCCUGUCACCUGUCGGUGAACUACUAAUAAAAUUGUUAAUUAUUAUCACAGUUAUUAUCAACAAAUACGUGUAAAUGCGCGUACCCGACCGUUUUGCCAAUAGUUGUGUUCACAUUUUCGAAAAUUCUGCCACAUUUUGCAAAACCAGUGCUCAAUAAUGCCCGUAAAAUAGCUCCAGUGCGUGAAACAUGUUUGCCUCUCUGAAAAACAAAAUUCGGGAGGAAACUGGCAGCGACCUGUCGAAACUAACCGCGAAAAUAACCUCCUCCACGGUCCAGAGAAUAGACUCGUUAAGGGGGCGCUCGCACCAGGGCUCCUCCUCAAGCAUCAACUCCCUCGUAUCGUCGGACGGUGUUAAGGAGGAUGGCCCUAUCGAUUCUGAAGAGCUACGCAAACGAAUAUUGAAAAUCGAGGCUGAAUUCACGCGGAAGUUGGAUCAGAAGGAACUAGAAUGGAGGGAAAUAGUGGCCGAGAAGGACAAGCAGUUGCAAAGUCUGGAGAAGGAGAAAGAAGAGGCCCAAAAACAAAUCCAGAUGCUCAGAGAGACGCUGAAAAGCGCCGAAGAGUUCAAGCAGAAGUUGGUGGAGCACCAGGAGGACAAAGAGCAGAUUGAAAACUUCCAAACUCAGGAAUUAAGCAAAGUCAAACACUUGGUGUUACUGAGGGAGCAAGAGCUGGCCGAGAAGACGGCAGCCUUGAAGGAGGCCACCGCCCAGUUGGAGAAACUCCGCACUGAGGUGUCCCGACUCUGCCGCCAGGAGGAGCAAUUAAGUGAUUUACAGGACGACUUGGAGUCGUUGAGACACUCCAGUUCGCGCGAUUUGGCCGCUUUGGCCACCCAGUUGGCCAAAAGCGAGGAGGAAAGGCGUCAUUUGUCCGACCUUGUUGUUGUUUUGAGACAGAGAGUGGCCAAUGAGACCUCAGACGACGAACAUGUCGCCUCUGAGAGGCGCCUGUUGGAGCAGAGGCUCGAAGAGGCGCAUUUGCACCUAGCUGACAUUAAGACCUCCUGGAGCGAUAAAAUCGCCUCGCUAGAGACCCAGGUGGGGCGCUUGAGCAGACAGGCGGCUGAAGAAGGCAGCGAGAGACGGCGGGCGGUGCAGGAGAAGGAAACCCUGGCCGAGAAAGUGCGGCAAAUGGAAGCGGAAUUAGAGUGUAAUAAACUAGAAAUUAAUAAUAAAGAGACGAAAAUCAAGCGAUUGACUUUGGAUGUUGAAGAGUUGUCCAAGGAGCUGAACGCUCUGCGGUCUGAAUCUGAAGAGGAAGUUGCGUUCCUCAGGACCCAACUUCAAAAUGCCCUUACAGAGGUGAAGGUCGUUCGCAAGAAUCUGGAGAACACCGAAAGUGAGUUGGACAGGACCGGGGAAGAGUGUAGCAAAUUGAAAAUCUCGGUGGAUUCGGAACAUGAGGCGAACAGUUCGCUCAGGCUGAUAAUAACCAAGUUGGAGAAGGAACUUAGCGAAGAAAAGACGAAUUCGUUGAAUGUGCAGAAAACCUUGUCGAGGGUCACUGCUGAGAAAAAUACGGCACUGUUGCGUAAUGCUGAAGUUUCGCAACAGAUGGAGAUAAUCAAGCAGGAGAAAAGGCGACAGGAGGGAGAAAUGAACGACUUGCUUGGCAAACUGAGUCAAUUAGAAGAGGAGAGUAGGAAACAUAACGAGAGUAAAGCGAUGGAACUGGAGUUGAGGAAUAACAUCGCGGAGUUGGAAGAUCAAAUAUCGGAGAAAAAUAAGAAUAUCAAGACUCUCCAGCUGCGCCUGGCCGACAUGAAGAAAACCCUGCAGCAAGAGUUGCGAACGCCAGGUAACCCGAAUUAUCAUAGUGACUUAGUGGAAAAUUCAGCAGCUAUUCUCACUCCCAGUCAAGUAUCAACAAAAAGUUUUCCCAGUGUGGUGAGAAGGGACGAAGACGAUGUUAAUUUCAAAUAUUUAAAACAUGUAGUGAUUAAAUUUUUAACGAGCCGGGAGUACGAAGCUCAACACUUAACUAAAGCAAUAGCCACCUUACUUAAGUUUACAGCCGAGGAGGAAAAAUUAGUCAAUGAUACUUUAGAAUGGAAGAGAUCGUGGUUCGGCUCGAAACCGAAGCUGGGGAACGGCCAGAAAGCCCGGGCUUUGCCGCACAGCUGAUGGUUGCUUUAAUUCUUGUGUUGUGAUAGCUCGACCAUUCCGCUUGGGGCAUGUGUUUCUUCCAUUUUAAUACUUGCACGUUUCUGUUCCCUGUUUUAUUGUAGCGAUUAAGACUUAUUUAUUCUAUUUUUAUAAAGCAAAUGCCCGGAUAGGAUAGUUGUACAAAAUUGUAAAUACCAACAAGUUUAUUUGUCAAUUUUUAAAUCGUGGAUGCUUUAUACUGUAUUUAUUAUUUUUGAAAGUUUAAAUAAAACUACAGAUUGUUAUUUUAAAGACUGAUAA